AUGAAGAUAUAUUUAAUUGGUUUCACUUUGCUCAUUAUAGCAAAUUCUGCUACAACAUUAAGUCUAUCCAGUGUUUAUUAAUGUUAAUGCGAAAAUUUAUUACAAUAAUCAGAUUGUUUGAGUGAUUAUUGCACUUGGGAUCCAAAUGAAUCAACAUGCUCAAACAAACCUUGCUCUGGAUUCAGUUAAGAAGAUUGCUUUGGUGUUCCUGAUCCAUUCAAUUGCACUUGGAAUUACACAACUAGUAAAUGCGAAGAGUUUACAUAAUGUUCUGAUUAUACUUUCAAAACUGCAGAAGGUGAGAAAUGUUAUGAUUUGAUAAAAUGUUAAGUUGAUGUUGAUACAAUUGACAAUACAGCUGGAACUGUGAAAUGUAUGGAUAGAACACAAGACUCUGCUAUGAGUAUUGGAAGUUGUGACAAAGUACCUUAUGAUGAAUGUAAUUGGCUUGUUACUCCUGAUGGAAAACAAUGUGUCAAAAAUACAACAGCCAAAACUUGUGAAGCAAAAACAAUAACUCAAUGUUCUGAUUAUGCCACCAUUGAUCUUUGUAAUACAUAAUCAUGCUAUUGGGGUGAUACUUGCAAACCAUUAACUUGUUCUAUUUUGCCAGAGGAGUCUUGUAUGUUAUUUUUUUUCAAUUGAUUCAAAAUAAGUUACAUUUUGUAAAUGGGAAACAGAUAAAUGUAUAGAUUUAGAUACAACAACCUUAACAUAAACUUAAUGUUUGCCAUUCACCCUUUAUUCAUAUGCUUGGAACCCAGAUUCCAAAAAAUGCGAAAUUUGUUAGGAAGGUAGUUCUAGCUCAGAAUUUCUUAUUUAUGGAACACUCUUGUUGGCUAUAAUGUUAAAUUGA